UUCGAGGUGAGAAUGAAGACCAUUCUCAGCAAUCAGACUGUCGACAUUCCAGAAAAUGUCGACAUUACUCUGAAAGGACGCACGGUUAUUGUGAAGGGCCCCAGAGGCACCCUGCAGAGGGACUUCAAUCACAUCAGCGGAGAACUCAGUCUCCUUGGAAAGAAAAAGAAGAGGCUCCGGGUUGACACCUGGUGGGAGAAUAGAAAGGAACUGGUGACUGUUCGUACUAUCUGUAGUCACGUACAGAACAUGAUCAAGGGUGUUACACUGGGCUUCAGUUACAAGACAAGUUCUGCGUAUGCUCAUUUACCCAUCAGUGUUGUUAUUCAGGAAAAUGGUUCUCUUGUAGAAAUCCAAAAUUUGGAGAGUGAAAAAUACAUCUGCAGGGUUCGGAUGAGGCCAGGUGUUGCUUGUUCAGUAUCUCAAGCCCAGAAAGAUGAGUUGAUUCUCGAAGGAAACGACAUUGAACUUGUGUCAAAUUCAGCUGCCUAG